AUGAAUCCAAACAAUUUUACGAAUUUACAGAUACAACAACUUCUCCAACAACAAAACAAUAUGCCAAACAUGAAUAACUCGUUCCUACUUUCUGGAAACAAUGGAGGAAUGAUGGCCCCCAAUAAUAAUGUUCCCAUGGGAUUUACACCGGGACAAGUUGGGAUGAUGAAUUUUGCCAACAAUCAGAACAUGAUGUCAACAGCACUGCCCAAUGGAGGAAGUAUAGGCAAUGCAGGGAAUAUGGUUCUCAACCGAGCCAGUACGCCUACUUCAACAUCAACAACAACCACCACCACAAGCGUCAUGCAAAAUCCAACACAACCCACAAACAUCAACAUGGGAAUGCAAGGAAACGGAAUACUGCCUUUACUGCUAAUGCAAAACCCUGGUCUAGUACAAUUGUUAAACCUUCUAAGCCAAAAUGGCAUUCAGCCAACCCCACAAUUAUUACAAACUCUUCUGACACAACCGAAUUUAAAUCUUGGUAUGCUUCAAGCAAGUUUAAACCCAUCGAUGAUGGCAGCAAAUAAUGGAGGAAUGAUGAACAAUGUUAAUAUGAACACUAUGCAACAACCUCAGACAACCACCCAACCUAUUAUUAAUAAUGCAACAAUGCAGGCAAUGAAUAACCUUACUGCUAAAACCAUGCUGCCAAACACAGUACCACCCCAUGUAACCAUCCAAAACCAACCCGGAACUACUCUUCACAGAUCUACACCUACGUCAUCCAUAACUGGUGCCUCCACUCCUCCUCCAAAUCUCUUGCUUCAAAAUGGAACUCCUGUUAUUUCAAACAUUCCUUCCUCCACGUCCAAUUUUAAUAACCAAAAUAUUUCCUCGACCGUUCAUCCUAAUAUACCAUCAUCAAGUACUAUUUUAACAAGCAAUGUAAAUAACCCAUUACGACCAACUACCAUCAAGACUGAGCAGCAACCUGUAACUAAGAUUGAAGCAUUAUCGAACGUUCCAACAGGAAAUUCAUUUGUAGUUUUGAAUAACAUGAUACAAAAUAAUCCUGCCAUGAUCGGAAAAAACACCACGAAUAUUGACAACACUUCAAUGAUGAUUAAUUCAACGUCACAAAUCAAAGAUAAGAGAAAGCUUGCCCUCGAGCCAGAUUACAGAACUCCGUUUCGUUCACUGGAAGAUUGUGCCACUAGGCUGGAGCCUUUUAAAGAAGUCUUUCAUUAUUCCAUAAAGAAAGAUCCUAGUUGGGAAGAUAAGAUCAAGUCUGUGGCGGAAAGAUUUUCGAAAUCUGCCAACAUUGCUGACAAACAUGUUCACGAAAUCUCCAAACGAGAACUAGAGAGGGCUUAUGGUCCAGAAGAGGACAUUUUCUUCCUGAGGAGGAUUAAAGAGCUUGAGGAAAAGCUUUGGGAAAGCGAGAAAGAAGAAAUAAUAAGAAAAAGAGAAGAGGAAAAAAAGAAAUCAUCCACAUCCACAAAUGGAGGAGCAAAUACUGUGGUCAUGUCAUCAGGUGAUGUUGAAGACACCAACUUGGAUAACAUAUUCCCUGAGUUAAAUGCUGCAAAUACAAAUAAUAUGGUGCAUCUAAAUCCAUCUCAACCAAUGAAUGGAGUUACUUACAACAAUCAAAUGGGUGAUGAUUUGGACUUUGAUAAGAUUUUCUCUGAUGAAGAUAAUUCUGGAACGACACUUAUAGAUUCCAUGUACACGGGGCAAAACUCAGCUCAGAGUCCUUACAAUAAUGGCCAAUCUUAUUCCAUGACAAACCAAGGAGGUUUUGACGAUAAUGAGUUUUUUUAA